AUGAGCAAUCUCAAGCGAAAAGAUGCCCCUGGAGGGCAGCCUCCCGCUAAAUCGGCUAAAAAUACCAAACAAGGCCGACCUUCAAAGACGAAUGCUCCCGAAAUCGCAAAAUCCAAAACAGCCAAAACCCAGCCAAAGAAGACGAGCGACAACGACGCUCGUCCCAAAGCACCUGUUGUGUCCCUCCUGAAAAAUGAAGAACCAAUAUUCCCUAGAGGUGGCGGCAGCAUUCUUACUCCAUUGGAGCAUAAACAGAUUCAGCUGGAAGCCAAAGCCGACGCUCGUCGUGAAGAAGAAUUCGACACUAGGGGCGGCAAAGCUCAAAAGAUACCAAAGAAGAGAAAAGUUUCCCUGAAAGGCGGCAAGACGAGUGCUGAAGAGAAGGAUUCCGAAGACUUUGUCAAGGUGGAAAGUCUCAAUUUCAAGAAACUUGUCAAAGGCUCUCUCGUGCUUGGUCAAAUCACCCGAAUUAACAACCUGGAUCUCGAAGUGGCUCUUCCCAACAACCUUACCGGACAUGUGUCGGUUGUCGCUGUUUCAGAGCAAUUGACCAACCGAGUACAAGAGGCCGCGGCCGAGCAAGACGACGAAGAGGACGAAUCAUCCGACGAAACUGAUGUUGACCUCAAAUCCAUGUUUGUUGUGGGCCAGUAUCUGCGAGUAUAUGUUGUGUCCACAAUGGACGAGUCAGCGAUUGGCGAUGGCAAGAACAAGACCAAGAGAAAGAUCGAGCUUUCUUUGCGACCCACAGAGACCAACUCAGGCUUAGGCAAAGAUGAUAUUGUCGCCAACAGCACCGUUAUGGCAUCCGUCGUCAGUGUCGAGGAUCGUGGUUGCGUUAUGGAUGUCGGCAUUCCCCAUCUUCGAGCCUUCUUACCCCACGGCGAAGUUGACUCGACCAUUGACCAAAGCCGACUACAAGAGGGAUCUGUGUUCCUGUGCCAAGUAACCGGCAAGGGUUCAAAUGGAAACGUUGUUCAACUCUCUCUGCAGCAAAAGAAACUCGGCAGCCUAAAAGACGUCCCGACAGAGGCCACCACCAUAAACGCCUUUCUCCCCGGCACCAAUGUGGAUGUCCUGAUUACCAACAUUGACCGACGCGGCCUUGCCGGUAAAGUCAUCGGACACUUGGACGUGACUGCGGACCUUGUUCAUUCGGGAGCCGGACCCAAUGGUACCGAUCUGGAAGCUACCUACAAAGUCGGAUCCAAGGUCAAGGCCAGAGUAGUUUGCAACUUCCCUACAGCCAAGGAACCGAAGCUUGGCAUCUCCUUGCUCCCUCACAUCACUUCGCUCACACGCAAGCACCCUGCCAAGGACAACAAAACUCUUCCUACAGAGGCUUUGCCAAUCUCGUCAUUGGUAGAGAAGUGUACUGUUCGACGCGUUGAGAGCGAAAUUGGUCUCUUUGUAGAUAUCGGAAUCGCUGGCUUGGGCGGCUUCGUUCAUAUUUCCCGAGUCAAGGACGGUAAAGUUGACGCCCUGUACGAAUCUAGCGGGCCUUAUCAGCUUGGUUCAGUUCACAAGGGACGAGUUGUUGGUUAUAGCGAACUAGACGGCCAGUUCCAUUUGUCUUUUGAGAAGAGUAUCCUCGAUCAACAGUACAUUCGUAUGGAAGACGUUCCUGUAGGCGCCGUCAUCACUUGUGAGAUUGAGAAGCUAGUCAUCAAGGAAGAGGGUGUCAGGGGUUUAAUCUUGAAGAUUGCUGAUGGUAUCACCGGUUACGUCGCCGAGCGCCACUUGUCAGACAUCAAGUUGCAGCACCCUGAGAAGAAGUUCCGCGAGGGUAUGAAGGUGAAGGCCCGAGUGUUGUCAACCAAUCCAUUCAAGAAACAGAUUCGGUUUACACUGAAGAAGACCUUGGUCAACUCCGACGCCCCAGUCAUCAAAUCCCACGAAGAUGCUGUUGUCGGCCUCCAAGUCCCUGGAACCAUCAUCAAGCUCCAGCCCAAUGGCGCGCACAUCCAAUUCUACGGUCGGCUAAAGGGAUUUUUGCCCGUUUCUGAAAUGAGCGAAGCCUACAUCCGUGAUCCUAAUGAGCACUUCCGUAUCGGUCAAGUUGUCAGCGUGCACAUACUUCAUGUUGACCCUGAACAGCGCCGACUGAUUGUCUCCUGCAAGGAUCCUGGAGCUUUUGGCUUGGACAAGCAAACAGCUCUGAAGAACCUGAAAGUAGGAGAGAUGGUUGCCGCCAAGGUGACACAGAAGACCGAGGAUCAAAUCUUCGUCGAGCUGGUAGACAGCCAACUCAAGGCCAUUCUUCCUGUUGGUCACCUCACCGACAAGUCCCCCUCCAAAAACCAAUUUGCUCUUAAGCGCGUCUCGGCCGGACAGACCCUUUCCGACCUCAUGGUCAUCGACAAGAAUGAGAAGCGAAGAGCUAUUAUACUGACUCAGAAACCCAGUCUCAUCAAAGCCUCCAAGGAAGGCAAAUUGCUUUCCAACUUCGACGACGCCAAGCAAGACGCUAUUGUCCCGGCUUUUGUGAGAAAUGUUACUCAGACAGCCGUCUUCGUUCAAUUUGCUCAUAACCUUUACGCCCUUUUACCAAAGUCACGGCUGCCGGCAGAUGCGCAGUCCAAGCCGGAUUUUGGUAUGCACAAGUAUGAGUCCAUUGAGGUAAAGAUUAUUUCUGUUAUUAAUGACUUGCGCCGCAUCAUGGUCGCUCCUGCAACCGCGGCCCCAACUGAGGAGGUCACCAAGAAACAAAAGGAUAAAGUGCCUGCUCCUGCGGAUGGUCUAGGAUUCGGAACUGUCGUGACGGCUACUAUAACCUCCAUUAAGGAGACCCAACUCAACGUGCAGCUGAUCGAUAACCAAGUUCAGGGUCGGGUGGAUGUAUCUCAAGUCUUUGACAAGUGGGAGGAUAUCACAGAUCCUAAAAAGCCACUUGACAAGUUCCACAGAAAACAACAGAUCAAGUUAAAGGUCAUUGGCGUUCACGAUGCGAAGGAUCACCGUUUCUUGCCUAUUUCCCACAGAUCAGCCCACUCCGUUCUUGAGAUGUCCGCCAAACACAGCGAUGUCGAGGGUGAAAACCCAAUCACACUCUCACUCGACUCACUGAAGGUUGGGGACUCGCACAUCGCAUACGUUAACAACGUCACGCCUCAAUUCCUCUGGGUCAAUCUCUCUCCCAGCGUUCGCGGUAGAGUUUCCGCUAUGGAGGCCUCGGAUGACCUCUCCCUCCUGAACGAUUUGGAAGCAAACUUCCCCGUUGGCUCAGCGCUGAAGGUCAAAGUCAAAUCUAUUGACGCCGAAAAAAACCGUCUUGACCUUUCAGCUCGCUCUUCGACCGACUCACAGGGUGUCGACUGGACUUCUUUAAAACAAAACAUGGUCUUACCCGGAAAGAUUACGAAAGUUAAUGAGCGUCAGGUUAUGGUGAAGCUCAGCGACAUUGUUUCUGGACCUGUCCACUUGCCUGACAUGGCAGAUAACUACGACGAUAUCAACACCCUCAAUUACAAGAAGAAUCAGAUCGUACGAGUGGCUAUUGUGGAGGUGGAUGCCAACAAUAAACGCUUGAGACUUUCUAUGCGUCCGUCUCGAAUCCUGAGUUCAACCCUGCCCGUAGCCGAUAAGGAAAUUGCGGAUCUGUCACAAGUUGCAGCUGGCGAUGUGGUUCGUGGCUUUGUCAAAAAUGUGUCUGAUAAAGGCCUUUUCGUCGCGCUCGGUGGCCACAUUACAGCUCUGGUUAAGAUCGCCAAUCUCUCAGAUAGAUUCUUGAAGGAUUGGAAAGAUCACUUUCAGGUUGAUCAGCUCGUCAAGGGUCGUGUUCUUUCCGUCGACAGCGCCCUAAAGCAGGUCGAAAUGAGUCUGAAGGCUUCCGCAGUCGAUGAAGACUACACACCGCCAGUUUCUUAUAAUGAUAUCAAGGAAGGUUCUGUCGUCACCGGCAAGGUUCGAAAGGUUGAAGAGUUUGGAGCCUUUAUUCUGGUUGACAACUCGAACAAUGUCAGCGGUCUCUGCCAUCGGAGCGAGAUGGCUGACGAAGCCGUCAAGGAUGCCACCAAGCUGUACAAAGAAGGCGAUGCUGUCAAGGCUUUGGUUUUGGAGGUUGACGCUGUAAAGCGACGAAUUAGCUUUGGCCUCAAGCCUUCCUUGUUUGACGAGGAUACCGAUAUGGAAUCGAACGACUCGGACGCUGGAGGCGUUGCCCUUGAGGACGAUGAGGAAAACGAUGAUGAGGAAAUGUCGGAGGAGCAGAAAGCUUUACUUGGGAAGCUUUUGGGCAACGAUAGCGUUGAUGACGACGAUGACGAUGAGGAAGAGGAAGAAAUUGAUGAUGGCGAAGAAGAAGGCGACGAGGACGAGGAUGAGGAAAUGGAGGACGCGCCCAUUAAAAAGUCUGGUGGUCUUGGUCUUGGCAAGAAGUCUGCCUGGUCCGCUGACCCAUUCGACGAGUCUGGUUCCGAUUCAGAGGACGAAGCGCAAGAGAAGGAUAGCGACAAGAAGACGAAGAAGAAGCGGAGAAAGGGAGAAAUCGAAGUCGACCGCACAGCCGAACUUGAUGCCCACGGCCCACAAACCUCUAGCGACUACGAGCGACUACUGCUAGGUCAACCGGAUUCAUCGAAGCUUUGGAUUCAAUAUAUGGAAUUCCAGAUGAAAGUUAGCGAACUGGCAAAGGCAAGAGAAGUAGCGGAACGCGCGAUUAAGAGUAUCAAUAUUCGCAAAGAGGAAGAGAAGCUGAAAGUUUGGGUUGCCUAUCUCAAAUUGGAAGUUAGGUAUGGCACUAAACAGACGGUUGAAGACGUAUUCAAGCGGGCUUGCCAGUACAAUGAUGAACUGAAAGUCCACGAGGAAUUGGCCAGCAUCUACAUCCAGUCUGAGAAGCUCAAGGAUGCCGAUGAUCUGUACGAGUCCAUGUUGAAGAAGUUUGGCGCCAAGGCACCCAGCGUAUGGACAAACUACGCCUACUUCCUCUCCGUUGCAAGGAACCAGCCGGACCGCGCCAGAGCUCUGCUACCGCGAGCAACUCAGCGGUUGCCCGCCCAUCACAGUCAAAAUAUCGUUGGCCAAUUCGCUGCCCUUGAAUUCCGCUCACCGAAUGGCGAGCCAGAACGUGGUCGAACCAUGUUUGAAGGCUUGCUAGCCACCUGGCCCAAGAGGGGAGACCUGUGGAGUUGGUUGUUGGAUCUUGAAGAGGGGGUUGCUGGUUCUGAUCCGACUGCUGUUCGUGACGUAUAUGAACGACGUACACGCGUGAAGGGCCUCAAGCCCAACCAGGCCAAGAAGUGGUUCCGCAGAUGGGUCAAGUGGGAGGAGAAGCUGGAUCCCAAGGGCAAGGACAAGGUCAUGGCCAAGGCUCAGGAUUGGGCGGCGCUGUAUAAGGCGAAGAAGGAAGCGGAGGCUGCAAAGCAGGAGGAUGAGGACAUGGAAGAAUAA